UUUAAAUCUUAUCUUACAUCAAUGAGAUAUGAACAGUAUUUAAAUCUUAAAGAGUAACAAGUAUAUCUCCUAUAACAACUCCCCUUCUAUAUAUAUUGGAUACUCUUAAAAGAAAUGAAUAACAACUCUCAAAAUCUAAUAACCUUCCAUUUCAAACCAUGAGCCAAUCAAAACCAUUUCUUCCAAUUCUCCUCCUCUUUCUUGCAGCCUUAGGCAAUAUCAUAACCUCAAUCAAUGCCUCAUAUCUAUACCAUACAUGUUCAAGCUCAGAUAACUACACAAUGAACAGCCUCUAUUCUUCCAACUUAAAACAAGCUCUAGACAGAUUGACAAAUAGCGCCCCACCCUCUGGCUUCGGCCUCAGCUCCACUGGAGGCAAAGAUUCACAAAACCAAGUCAAUGGCUUGGCUCUAUGUCGGGGCGACAUCUCGCCCGCCGACUGCAAGACCUGCGUUGCGACGGCCGGACAAGAGAUCCAACAACGAUGCCCUUACAAGAAAGGGGCAGCCAUAUGGUAUGAUUCAUGCCUUUUGAAAUACUCCAAUGCAAAAUUCUUUGGGAAGAAUCAAAAUGGAGGGUUUAGGUUCUAUUUAGUGAAUGUUCGUGAGGCCGACGAUCCGUCGUCGUUUAAGGAGCAAGUUAAGAACUUGCUUAGUGGGUUGUCUGAAAUGGCUAAAACUUCAAAGAAUUUGUAUGCCAUUGGAGACUUGGAGAUUGGGAGCUCCAAGAAGCUGUAUGGAUUGGUUCAGUGCACAAGAGAUCUUUGGACUGCAGAUUGCAAGAAAUGUCUUGAUGAUGCCAUUGGUGAGCUUCCAUAUUGCUGUUCAAAUGGAGCUAAAGUUGGUGGAAGAGUGGUUGGUGGGAGUUGUAACUUUAGAUAUGAAACUUACCCCUUCUUUACUGCAUAA